AUGUGGGUCAGUCCCGAAGAGGUGUUGUUGGCGGGCGCCCUGUGGAUCACCGAGCGGGCCAAUCCCUAUUUCAUCCUCCAGAAGAGGAAGGGCCAUGGCGGGGGAGGCGGAGGACUGGCUGGUUUGCUGGUGGGUACCUUGGACGUGGUAUUGGAUUCAAGUGCCCGCAUGGCUCCCUACAGAAUUCUCUACCAAACCCCGGACUCGCUAUCCUAUUGGAUCAUCGCUCACGGAACAUCGCGGAAGGAGAUAACUGAGCACUGGGAGUGGCUGGAGCACAACAUGCUGCAGACGCUCUCCAUUUUUGAGAACGAAAACGACAUCACCACAUUUGUCAAAGGAAAAGUCCAGGGAAUCAUCGCCGAAUACAACAAGAACCACGACGUGAAAGAGGACGACGACACGGACAAGUUCAAGGAGGCCAGCUCCAAGUUCCGCAAGUUGUUCGGCAUGCCCGACGAGGAAAAGCUGGUCAACUAUUACUCAUGUAGCUACUGGAAGGGCAAAGUGCCGCGACAAGGCUGGCUCUAUCUCAGCAUCAACCACCUCUGCUUCUAUUCCUACCUACUGGGCAAAGAAGUCAAACUGGUGGUGCGCUGGGCGGACAUUACGCAGCUGGAGAAGAGCGCAACCAUGCUGCUACCGGACGGCAUCAAAGUCAGCACGCGCAGCCAGGAGCACGUCUUCUCAGUCUUCCUCAACAUCAACGAGACCUUCAAACUGGCCGAGCAGCUGGCCAACAUCGCCAUGCGUCAGCUGCUGGACAACAAAGGCUUCGAGGAAGACCGUUCGCUACCCAAACUCAAGAAAAAAUCGCCCAUGAAGGUGUCGGCCCUCAAGAGGGACUUGGACGCCAGAGCCAAAAGCGAGCGCUACAGGGCACUGUUCCGUCUGCCUAAAGACGAAAAACUAGACGGGCAUACGGACUGCACCCUGUGGACUCCCUUCAGCAAAAUGCACAUUCUGGGACAAAUGUUUGUCUCCACUAACUACAUCUGCUUCACCAGUAAGGAGGAGAUGCAGUGCAGCCUCAUCAUUCCUCUUCGCGAGGUGACCAUCGUGGAGAAGGCGGACAGCUCCAACGUGCUCCCCAGCCCCGUCUCCAUCAGCACCAAGAACCGAAUGACCUUUCUGUUUGCCAACCUGAAGGACCGGGACUUCCUGGUUCAGAGGAUUUCAGACUUUCUGCAGCAGACACCAUCUAAAAGUUGCUUGGAGCGGGAACUCACCGCCAGUCUCAACAGCUCCGACGACGAGGUUUACGGAUCACUUUUGUCCAGCAGCCCGCAGCACAGCUUGAGCUCGGAGGGCGACCGCUCCUUCAACCUGAACGACAGUAGCGUACCUACUGCCUCGCAGGCCCUCAUGACCAUGUACCGACGCCGCUCGCCUGAGGAUUUCAAUCCCAAAUUGGCUAAGGAGUUCCUGAAGGAGCAAGCGUGGAAGAACCAUUUCUCAGAAUUUGGCCAGGGCGUGUGCAUGUACCGGACCGAGAAGACAAAAGAAUUGGUCCUUCAAGGCAUCCCCGAGGGCAUGAGAGGGGAUCUAUGGCUGCUGUUCUCUGGCGCCAUCAAUGAAAUGGCUACCCAUCCUGGCUAUUACGAAGACCUGGUGGAGCGCUCCAUGGGCAAAUACAACUUGGCCACCGAGGAAAUCGAGCGGGACCUCCACCGUUCUCUGCCUGAGCAUCCCGCCUUCCAGAAUGAGAUCGGGAUCGCCGCCCUUCGCCGGGUGCUCACCGCGUACGCCUUCAGAAAUCCUAACAUUGGAUACUGUCAGGCUAUGAAUAUCGUGACGUCGGUGUUGCUCCUCUACGCUAAAGAAGAAGAAGCCUUCUGGCUGCUUGUGGCGCUUUGUGAAAGGAUGUUGCCAGACUACUACAACACCAGGGUUGUCGGCGCUCUGGUGGAUCAAGGCGUGUUCGAGGAGCUGGCUCGCGAGUACGUGCCCGAGCUGUACGACUGCAUGCAGGACCUGGGCGUCAUCUCCACCAUUUCGCUGUCCUGGUUCCUCACGCUCUUCCUGUCGGUCAUGCCGUUCGAGAGCGCCGUGGUGGUGGUGGACUGCUUCUUCUACGACGGCAUCAAGGUCAUCUUCCAGCUGGCGCUCGCCGUGCUGCAUGCCAGCAUCCACCAGCUGCUCGGGUGUAAGGACGACGGCGAGGCCAUGACGGUGCUGGGCAGGUACUUGGACAAUGUGACGAAUAAGGACAGCACCUUACCACCCAUCCAACAUUUGCAUUCGUUGUUGACGGACAAUGGAGAACCGCAUCCAGAGGUGGACAUCUUUAAAUUGGUCCGCAGUUCUUACGAGAAAUUCGGCUCCAUCCGCGCCGACGUCAUCGAGCAGAUGCGUUUCAAGCAGAGACUGAGAGUCAUUCAGACCAUUGAAGACACAACUAAACGUAACGUGGUCCGAACUAUCGUCACGGAGACUGCUUUCAGCAUCGACGAAUUGGAGGAACUGUUUGUCCUUUUCAAGGCGGAGCACCUGACUAGCUGCUACUGGGGAGGCACAAGCAGCAACCCGACUGAGCGCCACGAUCCUAGCCUUCCCUACCUGGAGCAGUACCGCAUCGACGUGGAGCAGUUCAAGGGCCUCUUUACGCUCCUCUUCCCCUGGGCCAACGGCGCCCACUCGGACCCCUUGGCGGUGCGCUUCUUUCGCCUGCUGGACCACAACGGCGACGCCUUCAUCAACUUUCGGGAGUUUAUCAACGGGCUCAGUGUUCUGUAUCACGGCGAUCUGACUGAGAAGCUGAAACUCCUAUACAAGAUGCACGUUUUACCUGAGGUGAGCGGCGAACACGAAGAACCCGAUUCCGCGUUCGAGGCCACGCAGUACUUCUUUGAAGACAUCACUCCGGAAACAUCCAUGGGCCAAGAUACAAAGAACCGAAAGGAGAAGGACGACGGCUUUGUCAGGGUCACGUUCAAAACAGAAAAAGUCAAGAAGCUGAACACUCCCGACUAUCGCCACUACUUGAAACUUUGGAAUCACGACAGCAAGUCCACAACAGAGCGCGCCAAAGAUCUCCCGAAGCUUAAUCAGGCGCAGUUCAUCGAGCUGUGCAAGACGCUGUACAGCAUGUUCAGCGAGGACCCGGCCGAGCAGCAGCUCUACCACGCCACAGCCACCGUCACUAGCUUACUGCUAGAGAUGGGAGAGGUGGGCAAGCUCUUCAGCGCCGCACGCCGGGACCCCCAACGCGGAGAGAAUUCUUCCGAGGUAGGGCGAAACGGCCCACAGGACGAGCGUUCACCAGGCAUGCAGGACAUCAAAUUGGAAGACGCGUCCCCCAAAUCGGCCAUGCUGACCUCGGACGACGAAGCCAAAGACGACACGUCGGUGUCGUCGUACUCGGUGCUCAGCGCUGGCUCGCACGACCCGGACGACAACAAGCUGCGGUGCGAAGACAUCGCCGACGACACGGUGCUAGUGAGGAGCGAGCGCGGCGGCGCCGGAGACGACGACAAGAAGAAGAAAAGCGGCGACGGGGUGGACCGCGAUUGGGCCAUCACUUUCGAGCAGUUCCUGGCGUCGGUGCUGACCGAGCAGGCGCUGGUGCUUUACUUCGAGAAGCCCGCCGACGUAGCGGCGCGCAUCACCAACGCUAAGAACGUUCGCAAAGUGGGACGCAAAGCGUUGCUGUCUGUUAGCGAUUAUGAAAUUUCACUCUCCGGUUGA